AUGGACAAGGCGGGUUUGGUACCCGUGAAUGUGGAUCUUCCUGUUCCGAUUCCGAGUCGGCGGCUAGGGUGCCAAGGGAAAUCGAAAUUUCAUAAGUUGAUAGUGUUCAAUUUUUCGGUCGGCAUGGAAAGUACCUACUAUCUAUGUGGCCUAUGCUAUCUCAAGGCUCCGAUCCGCCCGAACAAGAAGUCAGCCACCACCACCAACAAGCCCUCUGGUGGAAAAGGUGCCGUUCCAUCCACCAAGUCGGCUUAUUUCGAAGACGACUUUCGAACAACAAAAAGAGAUAAGCGUAUAAUCAAACAUGCCAGCUUCGUAUCAAAGAUUGAGAAGAGCUCCCAGAAGACUCCUAAGCGGCGUCGCGCAUCAAGGAAACUCGUUGCCAAUCUCGAGUCGCUUGCCGAUGCCUUGCCUGAAACAGAAACGGAAAUGAACGAUCCCAGCAGUCAAGUGAACAUCAUCAAGCAGAAAACGUUGCAGCAUAAGCCAGGUGCGAUGAAACGCAGACAGAAGCUAGAGAAGGUGGAACGGGAUCGCUUCGCGAAGAACAUGGCUCAGAUGGCGACCAUUCAAACGAAUGUGCAACCCGUCACAGAGACUCAGAAUGAACCCAGCUCCACUUCGAAUCGGUGGGCAGCAUUGCGAAACUUUAUCUCACAGACAAUGGAGCAGCAGCCCGCUUUUAAGACGAAGCCAUGA